AUGUUGCAGAAGGCUUUUGGUGUAUCUGCUCUAUCACAAACGCGUACUUACGAAUGGUACAUAUCAUUCAAGGAGGGUCGGGACAUCGUCGAAGACAUGCCUCGUUCUGGACGGCCUUCAACAAGUGUGACCGAUGAUAACGUUGAAAAAGUGAAGGAAAUUGUUGCCAAAAAUGGCCUUGUAAGCUUGAGAGAGAUUGCCCAUAAAUUGGAGAUGUCACAAGAAAGCGCACGUACGAUUAUGCAUGAAAAAUUGGCCAUGCAACGCGUUAUCAUCCGAAAGGCGGCCCAAAAGCCGAAAAACCACGUCAAAGCCGUUUGA